AGUGAAGUGGAACAAAUGAUCUUAUAUUGGUGGACUGGAACUUGUCUAAGGAAAAGCUUAAUACUUAGAUGCUGCAUGUGCUUAGGUGCUUGGACUAUAGACUGCUACUUGUGCUUUAGUAGGCUAAACUGUCAGUCAAAGUCUAUUUGGAACCAGCUGCUGUGUCUUCUAGAGUAGCCCUAAUGGUGACAUUCUGGAGUUGUGUUUGGCUAGGGGCCCUUCUAUGAAAGAGUCUUUCAGUGGGUGGGGUACUGCUGCGGGAAAAAAAAUCAGGUUGGAGAAUGUGACAUUUCUGGAACUAGACUACAUGGAGAGCUCAUGGAAGUUUAGUUGAGAGCCUUGAUAACUGUUCAUCAAUUCACCGAGUACCCUAGUAUUUUUAUGUUUAGACAGUACUAAACAAAAAACACCUAAAUGUAGGUUACUGUACUGUACCAAAAUAAGUGAAACUCCAGAGAGUGGAUUUAACGUAGGUUAUGUGGUCCCUCACCUUUCUGGUUUUACAUGGCUGUCACUCCAGGGGCCAACUGGGCCCCUCCCAUACUCCACGUAGACAUGGCACUCCCUUGAACACCUGUUGGUUCACCUACCUAGCUUGACACACCACUAUUUAAUCUCUAACCGUUGAGCCGGAACUGCUAAGGCAAACUUGUCCUCUCCAGGAUUUAGUGAUCCACUGCUCUGUCCAGAGGAGAUUCUAAAGAACAGACGUCUUUAGGAUGAACAUGUCCUUCACCCUCUCCCAUGCCUGUGCCUCCAGGCUACUCCCAUGUGGAUCCAAAUGAUCUUCUAACCCCUCUGCGUAUCUCUGUGGGAGGACUCCCCAUGUUGGCCUCCAUGGCGAGCAGCACAGACCCUCGUUUCCGCAUCAAGUGGAGGCCCAUUGUCGUGGUGGGAGCAGCCCUGUCUGUGGCCCUCCUCCUCUACAUGCAGCUGGGCUCCCCCCAGUAUAGCAGCCCUCGGGGCUGGAGGAGCAGCCGCACCGGUGUCGACGCCGACCGCUACAACGACACCUAUCCCCUCAGCGCGCCCGAGCGCACGGCGCAGGGCACGCGCUACCGCAUCGCCGUCAUCGCCGACCUGGACACAGACUCUCGCAGCGAGAAGAAGCUGACGUGGUUCAGCUACAUGCGGAGGGGCCACCUGCUGGUGUCCCCGAGCGGGGACCGGGUGACGGUGGAGUGGGACCAGGACAGGGUGGUGCUGGAGAGCCACCUAGCGGAGAAGGGCAGGGCGAUGGAGCUGUCGGAGCUGGUGGUGUUCAACGGGAAGCUGUACACUGUGGAUGACCGUACGGGAGUGGUGUACCACAUUGAUGGGGACAACGCCGUGCCCUGGGUCAUCCUGCCCGACGGCGAUGGCUCUGUCGCCAAAGGAUUCAAGGCAGAGUGGCUAGCCGUGAAGGAAGAGCAUCUGUACGUGGGAGGUCUGGGGAAAGAGUGGACGACCACGUCAGGGGAGUUCGUCAACAAUAACCCAGAGUGGGUGAAGGUGGUGGGGCCUCAUGGGGACAUUCAGCACCAGAACUGGGUUCGCAUGUACAACCUGCUGAAGUCUGCCGCGGGGAUCAAACCCCCAGGCUACCUGAUCCACGAGUCCGCUGCGUGGAGUGACAACCUGCAGCGCUGGUUUUUCCUCCCCCGCCGAGCCAGCGAGCAGCGCUACGACGAGACGGAGGACGAGCACCGCGGCGCCAACCUGGUCCUCAGCUGCUCGCCCGACUUCGAGGACAUCACGGUGAGCCGCGUGGGCCCGCUGAACCCCACCCACGGUUUCUCCUCCUUCAAGUUUGUCCCUGACAUGGACGACCAGAUCGUCCUGGCCCUCAAGUCGGAGGAGGACGCCGGCAAGAUCGCCACCUACAUCAUGGCCUUCACACUGGACGGCCGCAUCCUCAUGCCUGAGACUAAGAUAGGGGACGUGAAGUACGAGGGGGUGGAGUUCAUAUAGGUGCAAUGCUGAAUGCAUUCCAGGCCAUGCUAUUGUGAGCUGGUGAUGUUUCCAAUCCAGUCACUCAAUGUUAAAGUGACAUGCUGCUGGCAUGUUAGUGACAUCAACCCAACGCUCCACAGGCUGAUUCUGACUGCCCCACACCACAUGUUGCCCCGGAGUGUGACUGAAUUUAACAUGGUUGUUAUUUGGAAGAUAGGGGGUUCACAGUGCCCCGACGGUCUGCCGGAAAAAGUCCUUUCCGAGUCCUAUCCUUCAGACCCCUGGCUGCCAUCAAGUUGGUCUGUUUUGGGUGUAAAGACCGGUGUUGAUCAGUGAAUGGGAGCACGGAGGAGGCCACCUAGGGAAGGGAGGUCUUGCUCCAUCCUUCCCCCUGGCCAUCUGUCCAUCUCCCUCAAUAGUACUGCAGACUAAUGAAUGUACAAAAGACUAUGGAUUAAUCUGAGACUGUGAUUGAAGAAAACUACAAAUAACAACAUGAACAUACUGUGUGUUUACAUGAAGUUGGGAUGGGUUUCUCUUGGUACAAUGGCACUGUUUUUUUCUCUUUUUAUUGCAUCAAAUCAUAUACUCCAGUAAGUUUCUGUAUGCUUUGUGAAAUAGUGAAGGCAAAACUUAAAUGAAAAGAACCAUGUUUGAAAGAGUUCUCAUAGAGAGAGAGAUCUCAUAGAUACACAAUAACUCUUCCCUCACAAUAACAAAAUAUGUCUGGUUGUUUUUUAAGUAAAAGUCUUUACCUGUC